AUGGCAACACAAGAUCUUCAAAUAGUGGCACAACUUUUACAACAAGAACAAGACUUCCAAUUUCUAACUUUUGAUUCAAAUGUAGCUUUAGAUUUGGGUCUUGUAAUUGUUAAAAUUGCUCAACAAAAAGGAUUACCCAUUGUAAUUUCUAUUUCACUAAAUGGACACCUUUUAUUUCAUUAUUCCAUGCCUGGAACAUCACCGGCAGAUGUAGAAUUGGCAAAGAAAAAGAGUAACGUCGUUAAUCAAUUCCGUCAUUCAUCACUUUAUGUAGGAGAGACUUUGAGCCAACAAAAAAAAAUUGGGGAUAUACAUUUUGUUGAAGAAAAAGAAUACGUAGCACAAGGAGGUGCUUUUCCAUUGAUUGUCAAAGGUGUUGGAGUUGUGGGAUCGAUUACCGUUAGUGGAUUGACGCAUACAGAAGAUCAUGAAAUGGUCAUUGGAUGUUUAAAAGAAUUUUUUGGAAAAGAAGGAAAGAAUAAAGUUGAAUGA